CCUCAGGACACGCUCGAGCCCCACCCUCAGGACACGCUCAAGCCCCGCCCUCAGGACACGCCCCACCCUCAGGACACGCUCGAGCCCCAUCCUCAGGACACGCUCAAGCCACCUGUCUGGAACAGCACCCCCCCCUGGAAUGAGACGGGAGUCUUCAACCGCCCGCGAUGUGGCGUACCAGACUACCCAACACACCAGGGGGCGAUCAAGAGUAGAAGACACCGGCAGAAACGUUUUGUCCUCUUUGGAGGCCGCUGGGAGAAGACUGAUCUCACCUACAAGAUAAUGCGCUUCCCCUGGCAGAUGACGGAGGAGAAGGUGCGACGGGUGCUGCAGGAGGCUCUGAGGGUCUGGAGUGACGUCACUCCACUGACCUUCUCCGAGGUGCACACCACAGAGGCAGACAUCGUCAUCGACUUCAACAGAUACUGGCAUGGCGAUAACCUGCCCUUUGAUGGUCCUGGUGGGAUUCUUGCCCAUGCUUUCUUUCCUCGGACUCACCGGGCAGGAGACAUCCAUUUUGACUACGAUGAGUCCUGGACUAUAGGCAAUGAGAUGGGCACAGACCUCCUGCAGGUAGCCGCUCAUGAGUUUGGCCAUGUGUUGGGUCUGCAGCACUCUCUGGAGCCGGGAGCCAUCAUGUCACCUUUCUACAGUUUCUCUUAUCCACUGGAGCUCAGUGAGGAUGACAAGCAAGGCAUCCAAUACCUGUACGGCCCUCGGCCACAGGCUCCGCCUCCACCUCCACCACCAGGAAAUACAGAGACCAAUGAGAUCACUCCUCAGAUGCCGGAUGCGUGCCACACGGACUUUGAUGCAGUGUCAGUGAUUCGUGGGGAGCUGUUUUUCUUUAAGGACAGCUACACCUGGCGCAUCAGAGACGGCCGUCUGCAGGAGGGGUACCCCGCCCUGGCCUCCAGGCACUGGAGAGGGAUCCCCCAGCGCAUCGACGCCGCGUUCGAAGACAAAACUGGCAAUAUAUGGUUCUUCCAGGACCACAGCUACUGGGUGUUUGAUGCCGAGCAGCAGAUCACAGGCCCAGACUGGCUGCAGAGUCUGGGUUUACCCGUGUCCCCCAUCCAGGCGGCGCUGCGCUGGAGGGAGGGGGCUGAACAGCACACCUACUUCUUCCGCUCCGGGAGCUACUGGCGGUUCAACCCGCUUCAGAACCUAGUGGACCCAGCCUACCCCCGCAGCACCAGCCGUGAUUGGCCCGGCGUCCCUGAUGACAUAGACGCUGCGUUCCAGGAUCAGUAUGGAUAUGCCCUCUUCAUCAGCAGACGGCACUACUGGAAGGUUGACCCUGUGAACAGGAGGGUUCUUGAGGGCUAUCCCCGCCCGGUUGGCAUGGAUUUCUUUGGCUGCAGUGCGUCUUAAGGUUCCCCCGCUGCCCGAAUGAGACGGAGCCGUCGGUGCCAAGGAUUAUUUACAAGCCUGCUAUCACACCUACCCUGAGUUCUUUUUAAAGAGGGACUCAACUCUUAUCUCCUGUUAGCCAUGUCAUUUUCCUCUCAACAGUUUAAUGAGUUCUGGAUUAAUGAAUAAUAUUUUUCUAAUAAGUACAUUAAGUAAUAAGCUACAUUUAACAUUUACACCUGCCUUCACACCAAGUUCCAAUGGACAUUUACACCUGCCUGCCUUUACUCCAAGUUCAUUUACACCUGCCUUUACACCAAGUUCCAAUGGACUUCGUAGCAUAAUCUCCUUCUUCUCAGGAAUCCAGUGAAUUACGUACCUGAGGGGAAGCAUGUGGAAAUGUGGCGGUGCCUAACCCUGACCCCUAACCCCUAACCCUGUAUGUAUGUGCAAUUUCCAGGUUGGGUUGUGUUUCUGAAGUGAAAGGUUCCCUCUCUAAAUCAUCUUGCAAUCACCCAGUCAGAUGGUUUACUGACAAACGCAGCCUCAAAUGAGGUAACAGGAGGGCCUUCCCUCUCCUCAGCGGUGCUAAACUACACCUACACCUCCACCAGUACUACUGCAAGCAGGAGGGCCUCAACUACACCUCCACCUACACCAGUACUACUGCAGGCAGGAGGGCCUGACCUCUCCUCAGCGGUGCUAAACUACACCUCCACCUCCACCAGUACUACUGCAGGCAGGAGGGCCUACACCUACACCAGUACUACUGCAGGCAGGAGGGCCUUCCCUCUCCUCAGCGGUGCUAAACUACACCUCCACCUCCACCAGUACUACUGCAGGCAGGAGGGCCUACACCUACACCAGUACUACUGCAGGCAGGAGGGCCUUCCCUCUCCUCAGCGGUGCUAAACUACACCUCCACCUCCACCAGUACUACUGCAGACAGGAGGGCCUGCCCUCUCCUCAGUGGUGCUAAACUACACCUACACCUCCACCUACACCAGUACUACUGUAGGCAGGAGGGCCUGCCCCUCUCCUCAACGGUGCUAAACUCUUCCUAAUAACCAGGGACUCCACAGGUGAUUUAUCCAGGUGGAUUUCUGCUUCUCAUCAAGGAAGAUAACUCAGUGCUUAGUUAACCCUAGUUAACCCCAACUCUUUUAACCGUUUCUUGUUGGGCAACACAUUAUUUGUUGUUCACAAAAACGAGUGAAAACACAAUGAAAACAGAAACUGCUCUACCUGAUUCCAGAUUAGAGCCUUGGUGUGUCUUUAACCUCUGACCCCUAAGCCUGUUAACCUCUGACCCUUAACCCUGUCAACCUCUUCUGUGGGCUUAAACCACUUCUGUUAACCUCUGCUGUGGGUUUAAACCACUUCCAUGAGUUUAAAUCAAUUAUAUUGUGUAACUUGUCCAAUGCAGUCAGUGAAUUACUGAAGUCAUUUUGUCAAUUUGUAAACAUCAGUUUAUAGUUGUGCACCUCUGUUCAUAUUAUAUUUCAAUACAAUACAUUUUAAAUAUCUUCUUAUGACUGAAGUUAGUAUAAUACACACAGUGUGCUUGUGACAGUAGGUUAUUAGAGGUCAUUAGAAUGGGCCGCUGUCCUCAGGCUGUAACCUGGGUUACCCUAACCCCGACCCCUACCCCUGCUCGGAGGACACGUGAGCCUCAUGUCUCAACUGAUUGUGGUUCUGUAUCUUUAACAUGUGCAGAGUGUCACCAAGCAACUGCUGCUGGUUCUCAGUGCUGGCCACUGAUAGCAUUUUAUACCUUCAGCUCCAGUUCCCAUGUGUGUGUGUGUGUGUGUGUGGUCUGUUCUUUACCUUCAGCACCACUCCAGUUCCCUGUCUGUUCUUUACCUUCAGCUCCAGUUCCCUGUCUGUUCUUCAUCACACUGACCUCCACACCAGUUCCCGUGUGUGUGUGUGUGCGUGUGGUCUGUUCUUCACCUUCAGUUCCCUGUCUCUUCUUCAUCACACUGACCUCCACACGACACUAAUUCAUUUUGGUUGAAGUUUAGCUUUUGUUUAAAAAAAAACAAUUCAUUUAUUUCUGUGGGAUAUGAAAUGGGGUGUUCAAUAGCAAAUACAUGUGUGUGUGUGUGUGUGUGUCUGUUUGUGUGUGUGUGUAUGCUUCUGUUCUUACUAAGGAUAAACAUUUAAAUGGUGGUUUCAACUUAUUUCAUAUUUACUAUGUAAAUACAAAUGUAUUUUUCUGUACUGCAUUUUGGUACAAAUAAAAUAUUUACA